AUGCUGCUUAACCGCCUAGUCCCAUUCGUGGACAGCACACUAAUUAGAGAACAAGCUGGUUUUCACCCAGGAAAAUCAUGUACAGGACAGAUACACAAUCUAACCCUAACAAUCGAGAACGAUUUUGAAAAUAAGAAAGUCACGGGCACGGUGCUCAUAGAUCUAACGGCAGCAUACGACACGGUAAACCAUAGACUAAUGCUAAAGAAACUAUAUGAUACUACCUUGAAUUUCGAGUUUGUAAGAGUUUUCAAAACCCUUUUAAGUAACAGAAGAUUUUUCGUAAAUCAUCAAGUCAAGAAUAUUAAGUGGAGCAUCUCCAGAAAUGGUCUCCCUCAAGGAAGCGUGCAAGCUCCUAUACUAUGUUUAACAUAUAUACCAACGAUCAGCCAAUAUCCACAGAUAGCGACGUAA